CUCCAAAUAUACGCAGAGAAGGCAAAGAGAGACACACACAGGAGGAGUGAGAAAGUAUCAAGUUUCAGAUAACUGCACCAGCCACUAAGGAAGGAGCACCAUGUCACAGCCCUGUCAGUGCAGCCGCCUGGACUUCAGGCUGUUUGUGCUAUGCUGCUUCAAGGCUAUUGCUGCCUUUCCCAACUUCUCUCCACUGCUGAAUCCCAGCUGGGGAAACACAGAUAGCCUGAUGCACCUGUACACAUUUACUGAGAAGAACAGCUUCCAUCUGCAAAUCAACCCCGAUGGUUAUGUUGAUGGCACACCUCACCAAUCCAUUUACAGUGCCCUAAUGAUCAAAUCUGAGGAUGCUGGCUAUGUGGUGAUAACCGGUGUAAAGAGCGGGCGCUACCUAUGUAUGGACGUUAAAGGAAAUAUCUUUGGAUCGCAUUAUUUCAGUCAAGAAGACUGCAUGUUUAAACAAAGAACACUAGAAAAUGGAUACGACGUGUACCAAUCUCCCAAGUACAACUUUCUGGUCAGCCUGGGCAGGGCUAAACAAGCUUUCUUUCCUGGUAUGAAUCCACCGCCGUACUCCCAGUUCUUGCCCAGGAGAAAUGAAAUCCCUCUGAUCCGAUUCAAUACACCUGAACCCCACAGGCACACUAGAAAUGCAGACAUUGAUCCUCUCCAGAUUUUGAUCCCUCGGGGAGAGGCCUUUGACACAGGACCUCAGAGGUUGCAGACUCACUUUGCUCACCUGCCUAGAGAGCCCAUGAGAAUCAAUCCAAAUGAUGUGGUCAACCCAGAUGACCCACUUGCAAUGAUGGAUGUCAGAAGAAAUGGAAGUCCGCGCUUUUAUAUUACAAGAUAGCCAGGGUCACGCCUCUGGAGAGAGGAAACACAGGUGAAUAUGUUAGACAGAGAGAACUGGCUAGUACCUUAAAAUCUUUUAUAUUCAAUAUUUGACUUUCACAAGGCCUAUUAGAAACCUAAAAAGCAUUGAAAAUAUUUGAAUUCAAGCUUUGUUCAUGUAGAUAACGUUACAGGAACAUGGAAUUGUAUGUUAUUUUACAGGUGGAGCUUUAUUUUACUUGAAAUAAGCUGCAUUAGCAAGGUAAUAACACUAAUCAAACAUUUUAGGGUCUUGACUCUCCUCUAGCUUACAUUAGAGUUAUUCCACCAAAGCCUGAGUCAUUGACAUUAUGCUACUGACACAUAACGGAGAGAAGAAUCAGGUCCUAGAAUUUUUAGAACUCUAAUGUAGGCAGGAAAGUUUGCAUCUAACCUACCCUUCAAACUCUAGGUCAGAAGGCUGCACAAGAACAGCAGCCUAAAUUAGUGAUUGUGUAUUAUACAGAAAACUUUAUUAUGUACAAGAUUAGAGCCUGAGUCUCCUCUCAUACCAGUGAGACUCAGGAGUAACUCCGUUAAAGGAGUUACGCUGGUGUAAAAGUAGAGUAAAUGAUCAGAAAAUUUGGUCCUAAUAACUGACAUACUAGUCGGGAUACAGUAAGAACUGGCUCAAACUAAACCCAAACUGAAAUUACUUUGAGGUUUGGAAAAACUCAGGUAGCUUUUCUACUUGUUUUGUUCAUAGCUCCGUCUAAACUAUACAACCAGGUGUCAGAACAGAAGUGCACAAAUACAAAGAGAAGAGUUAUAUUCUUAGAAUUUCCAACCGAGAAAGAAAUAGGAAAUACCAGAAAUAACAAAUUGUGAUAAUACUGCAUUGAACAGAUUAGCAUAUUUGGUGGGCGCACCAAAAACUUCUGUUAGAGAGAAUCAUAGCUGUCCACCUGUGUUUCAUAGACCCCAUAAUGCUAAUAGCUAAUGGAGAUUCUCCUCUAGCUGGAAUUGUCAGGGUGGGUGUUUUAGGAAUAGGAGGACCUGAGUUCUAUCCCCACUGUCUCCAUGAUGUUCUGAGUGAUCAUGGGGUGCUCUAGAGUGACAACAGUGAAGUCCCUACAUAGCCCUGUGUUUCUUUAUACAUUCCAAUUAAGAGCUCCAAGUAUUAAGAAAAAAAGCCAACAUAAUUCUAGACCAGAGAGGUCAGUAUACAUUAUGGAUACUCCUGCUCAUUGGACUUGAACAUCCAUCCAUCCUGAGUUCUACUCAUCUGUAGUUAAGAUUUGGAUGCACCAAAAUCCGUAGCUAGUAAAUUCAAGAUGAACGCACCUCAAAAGGAUCAGGGGUUUGAUUGGGUUUAGAUAAAGUCUGGAUGGUGUGUCUGAAUUUUUAUUGUAAUUGCAUUGGGCCUUCCAGACCUGGAAAACUCCCCAAACCAGGCUCUUUCAUGAUGAGAUUGUCUGGUCGUCCCAGAGUCUGGUUAAAGCAGAAGAGCUUUAAAAUUAGUGUGGAAGUUCAGCUAUGGGCCCUGAAAGAAUCAAGAGCAGAGGAGUGAAUAGAUGGGGAAAAAAAAAUUGAAACAGGUAUUCAAACCUCCAAAAAGGCUGGGCUUUGGGCAUGGAUGAUGGUUCAAGACCAUUCUGAUUUUAUCAGAAUUCUGCCGUGGGGAAGCCUGCCUAGACAUGCAACAGGAAAGGACUCAACUCCAGCAGGCGGCUGGAGUCUUUCCUGACUUAAAUGGCAACCUGUACAGAUGAGGGAAGGAUGGACUGAUACUGCUUCUAAGUGUCUUCUGUUGGACAGUAUCAAGUCCCUAGCACUGAAUGUGCAGACAGAUGUGGAACAAACCACAGCACUAUCUGCUAAAAUACCAGGAGUGUUUCAGGAAGUUUCUCAGGCCAAAUUAAUCCAUGAUAUAAAUAAUCUGAUUCUUAUAGCAGGGAUGAAUCUGACCCUGCAUCUUUAAAUCUAAAGGAAUCCAUGAGAUAAGAGCAUUGACUCUAAGCUUUCCUUUGAUUUCCUAUUGCUACUCCAGCCACAAUGAACACUUAAGAAACGAGGCAUAAGGAAACCAGAAUGAAGUCAUCACAAGAUCAGCAGCCUUGCUAGCUCAUCAUCAGGAGCUUGUUUUCUGGCUUUGGAAGGGCCUUUGCAUGAGAGGAACUGCAGUGCAGAGCUUUUCAUUAUAGAUUAAAGGUCUGAUCUUUGGUAUAGCUCCGCUGACGUCAACAGUGAUAAACCAAUUUGCACCAGCCUAGUGUCUACAUGUAGCUAUUUUCCCAUCUCAUCAUUUUUACUGGCCCUGAUUCUGAUCUCACUUACAUGGGUUUUAAGUCCAUGUGACUGCAUUGGAGUUACUUCUGAUUUACACCAGACACAGAUCAGAAUCAGGCCCAGAGUGCCCUGCAGAAGGGUCUAAUGUAAUGGAUGUUUAAUGUUGUUUUUUUUUAUUUGUGCAUUUUCUCCUUCAGAUGCAUAUUUAUCUGCAUACUAUAUUUAUUAAAUGCAUUUAACAGCCCUUUGACAUCCUAAUACUGUAUAAUAGUCUAGGCUCUAGGGGCAUCUAUAAGAUAUAGCAGGCCUGAUUCUGAUCUCACGACUGUGAGAAUCAGAAGUUAACUCCAUUGAAGCAAUGGAGUUACACCAGUCAAGUGGUAUCAGAAUAAGGACCACUGCUUUCAGUGGAAUGCUCUGGAUUUACAAGUGAGCACAUGAUCUGUCCUGCUGCUGUCUUUUAAAUUCGCUUUUUCUUUCUUACAUGCCUUUACCAUCAGAGUUUGAGCUGGAACAGACAUUGGGCUUGUUUCUGCUCUCUCAAUAGUUUUACCCCUGAUUUCAGUGGAAUUACUCCAGAUUUAGACUAGUGACAUGAGACAUAUGUUUCUGCUCUCUCAAUAGUUUUACCCCUGAUUUCAGUGGAAUUACUCCAGAUUUAGACUAGUGACAUGAGAGCAGAAUCAGGCCCAGUGUACCAAGACUAGGAAAAUUCUUUAAAUCCACAACAAAUACAAUUUAGCUUCAAAAGAUAAACUCAAGUCUAAAAGAAUGUUGGAGAGGUUCUUACCAUUUAAAUUUUAGCAGGACUCUCUUCCAUGCUGUCUGUACAAUGGGCAGGUCUGACUAUUUAUAUAUUAUCUUUUUAGUAAUUCCACUUGAUUCCUGUACCUUUCUGAUUGGACUUUGGUCCCAGAGAACUCUGGACUGCAGUAGUAGUUCUGAAACAAAAACUAUAUGCACAUUGGUGCUUUUCCAGAACCUUUAAGUGGAAUUAACACUUGCAAUAUCCUAAAGAAAAAAUCAUUCUUCCUUAGUAAUUUAAGAUGGAUUUAGAGCUGAGCAUUAAGAAUAAAUGCAUAUUCUCAUAGGGCCCAGUUCUCCUCUCAUACCAAUGUAAUUCCAUUUGCUUUAGUAGAGUUACUUCUGAUUAUACCAGCGUACAUGAUGAGAGAAUCAGGUCCAUAAUCUAAAUUAAGGGCAGCUAGUGCAGUCCAUAGUCACAUGAUCCUGCUGAACUUAAUGGGGCAGAUGUUUAGCUGUGUAAAUUGUCUUAGCUCCAUUGACUACAAGGGAGGCCUCCAGGACUUGAGUUAAUGAGUGUAAGGACUCAUGUAAGUAAGGGCUGCAGCACUCCACCCUUGUGUAGUACUACACUACAGUCAUACCCACAAGAAAUGGUGGGGUGGUUUUUGGGAUGGAGAAAAAAAGAGUUGUUUUAAUAAAUUAUUCUCCACCGAUAGUCAGGAAAUGUAGAAUGGCUUUUACAUCAGAGCAUAUGUUUAACCAUACAGAACUGAAGUGGGAUUUGAGAGUUUGUUGUUCGAAAGAGGUGCUGGCCAUCACCAGCUUUUAAGAAGAAACUACUUGUUUAUAUUGCAGUAUUUAUUUAUUUAUUUGAAUGGUUACACAUGUAGCAGAAUAUUUAUAAUGUAUUCAAAAACUGUUUCCUUUUAUAAAAAUUCCAAUAAACUUUUUUCUCAAAUGA